AUGUGCUUCGCAAUUAUGUGUCUGCGGGGAAUCGGAAGUGCAAUUUGUUGCUGCUGCAAAUUGGGACUAAAGAUUCUUUGCAUACUUGCGUUUUCCUUUGUCGGAAUUAUAAUCAUAAUAGCUUUGGUCGUCUACUUUUGUUUCUUCUUCAACAAAUCUGAUGAGACGACAACGGUGCAGGAUUCUGAUCCUACUAAGAGCACUACUUUGGAGGAGGACACUUUAACAACCGCAUCGGAUGCCAAAGAGCUUGUUAGAACAUUUCUCCAUAGGCUAGUAGAUAGAUUAUAAUAUGCCAUUUAGCUAUGUAUUAAUAUUCAUAUUAUAUUUUUAUUUGUAUAAAUAAGAAUGUAAUAUUUAUACAUAUUAAUACAAUCAAAAU